AUGUCUGGGCCUUACGCCCUCUUAGGGCGUUCGCACCCUUCCAAAAUGCCUUUGCAUUAUUGGGAAGUAUUUCCCUCUUUGACCACGGUGGUGGAUCAAGUCCCACCCUCACCAGACCCACCUACCCGCAGCGGUGCUCCGCGGCUGCACCCUGCGCUAUCACAAACAGUCGCACCACCCACUGCCAAAACGCACCAAGCUGAAGGCGACACUGCUCACGCGGCCAUCACCUCUGACACUGCUCACGCGGUCGUCACCUCCGACACUGCUCACGCGGCCGUCACCUCCGACACUUCUCAUGCAGCCGUCACCACCGACACUGUCCUGCUGGGGCACCACAUAUCCUCCCCUGCUGAUCUCCCCAUGGCCCGCGAGAAGCAACCCCCGCGUGAUCCGUCUCGCAUUCCCAAGAGGCGCUCCUUCCCUGCUAUGUCUGCCACCCCCCAGCGACCUCCGAGGAAGCGAAAGUCAGCCAUGCCUCCAUCGCGUAACCGGCCCACCCUCAUGAAGUAUGUCCUCAUGGGGCAGAUAGCAGCCACUCAUCGACGACUCUCAACACUGCAACAACAGCAGUUCUGCAAUCGCACAUCAGCUGAGCUCGCCAAGGCCUCCCAGAAGCUCUUUCAGCAACUUGAUCGGGUCUACAUUGACCUGGACACAGGUGCGCACGAGUACGCGUAUAGCGAAAAGCAACGUGUGAACAUGCUCUGCCGGAGACUGGGAGGCGUAAGCUUCCAGGGCAUAGGGAAACGCUUUGAAGACGUGGGGCAGCAGAUUGUGACGAUCGCGCAGGAAGGCCAUUGUGAUUUCCUAUGUGUCCCCUCCCCCCCCUCUGCCUAG